GGCAGACAGAGGGAAGGAGGAAGGCGGAGACAGGGAAUGUGUGAUCACUGGUUGAGCGAGGUCUGGUGGUGGCUGGAGAAGCUGAGCUUAGCACUUUCUCUGUGGGGUGAUUCACAUGACUCCCAGCCCCACCAUGGGGUAAGACAAAUCUCUCUAUUUACCUCGGUGAUUGGGAGCUGCAGAUUCAGUCCCUGGAACCCAACCGAUCAGUUCAGCUUCAGAGCGGAUUCCCUGGCCGUCCUGCCCUCGGGCUAUGAGAAGAGCGAACGGGCCCCCAUGUCUGAUCCGGUUCGAUACUCCAACGUGUCCUCGGGGAAGGGCUCCCAGGACCCCGCCCUUGACUGCCAGUCCUCUCCCUCUGCCCCUCCCCUUCCCUCUACCUCCGGCGAGGCCAUCCAGCUUCGGAAAGAGAUCUCCCUUCUGAAUGGCGUGUGCUUGAUUGUGGGGAACAUGAUCGGCUCUGGCAUCUUCGUCUCGCCCAAGGGGGUUCUGAUGUACAGUGCCUCCUACGGCCUCUCGCUGGUCGUCUGGGCGCUGGGGGGCAUCUUCUCCAUCUUCGGGGCACUUUGCUACGCCGAGCUGGGCACCACCAUCACCAAAUCGGGCGCCAGCUACGCUUACAUCCUGGAGGCUUUCGGCAGCUUCCCCGCCUUCAUCCGCCUCUGGACCUCGCUGCUGAUCAUCGAGCCCACCAGCCAGGCCAUCAUCGCCAUCACCUUUGCCAACUACAUGGUGCAGCCUGUCUUCCCCACCUGCAUGCAGCCCUACCUGGCCGCCAGACUGCUGGCGGCUGCCUGCAUCUGUAUCCUCACCUUCACCAACUGCGCCUAUGUGAAAUGGGGGACGCGUGUGCAGGACAUCUUCACCUACGCCAAGGUGCUGGCACUGAUCGUGGUCAUUCUAGCCGGUUUGGUCAAGCUGGGCAUGGGCGAGACGCAGAACUUUGAGAAUUCCUUCCGAGGCUCCUCCUGGCAUCCAGGCGACGUGGCCCUGGCUCUCUACUCAGCCCUCUUCUCAUACUCCGGCUGGGACACACUCAACUUCGUUACCGAGGAAAUCAAGAAUCCCACGAGGAACCUGCCGCUCUCCAUUGCCAUCUCCAUGCCGAUUGUGACGGUGAUCUACAUUCUGACGAACGUGGCCUAUUACACCGUGCUGGACUUCCACGAGAUCCUAGCGAGCGAGGCUGUGGCCGUGACGUUCGCCGACCAGAUCUUUGGAAUCUUUAACUGGACCAUAAUGGUGGCCGUCGGCCUGUCCUGUUUUGGAGGUCUCAACGCCUCCAUCCUCGCCGCCUCCAGGCUGUUCUUCGUGGGAUCGCGGGAAGGUCAUCUCCCGGAUGCGCUCAGCAUGAUCCACCUGGAGAGGUUCACGCCCGUCCCAGCGCUGAUCUUCAAUGGAGCCAUGGCGUGUGUCUACCUCUGUGUGGAGGACAUCUUCCAGCUUAUCAACUACUACAGCUUCAGCUACUGGCUCUUCGUGGGGCUCUCCAUCGCCGGGCAGCUGUACCUGAGGUGGAAAGAGCCUAACCGCCCCCGCCCGCUGAAGCUCAGCCUCUUCUUCCCCAUCAUCUUCUGCCUCUGCACCAUCUUCCUGGUGGCCGUCCCUCUCUACAGCGACACCAUCAACUCACUGAUCGGGAUUGGGAUCGCACUGUCUGGAGUUCCCUUCUAUUUCCUGGGGGUUUACCUGCCUGAACACAAGAGACCUACGUUUCUCCGCGACAUCCUAGCCUCCUUCACCAGGUACACCCAGCUCAUAUGCUACUGUGUGCUGACCGAGAUGGAUUCGGGGGACACAGCAGUGGACACGGCCAGUGAGAGGAAGUCGCUCUGAGCCCAUCACCGGGCUGGGGCAGUGACUGGGAAUGGGAGAGGUGCAGCAGUUUGGCUGAGGGACUGAGGAGCACAUCGCACGUUGCCCCGGGAUCAUUGGGAAUGGAGUCGUUGGCAGGGAGAGUUCCCCUCACGGCUCCCAUUCCUCGAACAAAGCAGUGAACUCACCGCCGCUCCUCUCCCGCAUCCACCUGAGUAGACUGGAUCCUAAUCUCCAGGGAAUGGACCUAUGUAGGGUGUCGGGGCAGAGUAUUCUAGACUCCAGGGCUCUGCUUGGUUUUACCCUUCCUGCUCCCACCCUUUUCUCCUUCAAAGUUUACCCCCCCGCCCAUCUCCUGAUUCCCCACCACUCCCUCCCCAACCCAGCGCUUGGUACGCUCUCGGCCCACCACCUGACGCAGCGAGGGAGGAGCUAAGGUUGGGGUGUGGAAGCAAAUCCGCUACCCCUGCCCCCAUGUCAUCUGAAUCCUCUCGUCGAUCACGUUAUCUCUGUCACAUCCCCUCCCUCUUCCUUUCCUCCGGCACACCCUCCCUUCCCACUCUCGCCCCCUUUCGCCUAUGCCGUCUCCUAUUCUCCCUUCCCUCCCACCCUUCUCUUUUCCCCUUCUCAACCCCCACUUCCACCCUCCCCCUUUCCCACUUCCCUCACCCACUCUCCCUUUGGUUUCUUUCCCAUCCCUUUGCUUUAUCCAGCCGUUCCCACUUCUUAACCCUUCCUCCCUUUGUAACCCCCCCCCUUCCUCCUCCCAGUUCUUUUCCUGGUUUGCCUCUACCUUGCCCUCACUGGUGGCUGGGCAAAGACUUGCAAAUGGACCUUGUGAUCCCACAUGGCCAGACCGCAGGGCGGGGUCUAAUUCUCCGCCGUGACCAAAGAGGGGUCAAGGGGGAUGGCUCAGCUCCUCCUCCUCCCUUCAGAUCCCGAGUUCCGGCCACCGGACCCCAGGCAAGGCUGACUGAUAGACUGAGCGGAGCUCGGGGCCCAGUAGCAACUACUGACAAUCACAUUAAUGAUGUAAAUUAUGGCUUCUAUAACCACACAGAUAAAUACAUUAGAGUCUUAUGUUUCCGACAA